UUCCGGAUUAGUCGACUCCGUCGGUUCUCGACGGUCCUAACUUUCUCCUUUCUCCUUCUGUUAGCUGCGCUUUUGCGAGCUAAAAAGAUCACGUCAAAGUUCUCGCGUGAAAUCCUACAGACUACAGGAGGUGCCCCAGGGACCCCGGGGGGAUUACGUUCUGCGCCCCUAUUUGGAAGUCGAGGGGGAUGGUAAUCACUCCCUUUUGCUUUUGUGUUCCUGCGCUGUGUUGCUUAAUGUUUGUCCUUCGUCACCACUCAGAACGCAUCCGACAUUUUGCAGUUCAUCGGUGUUCGGCUUUCUCUUGCAUCUAGACAGCGAUUGUCCACUCGUCGAAACUACUCGAUACAGUUGUCACUGAACCCUACAACAUCCUAGUCAUACGACUCGCUGCAUACUUUACAGACUUCUCGAUAUGCCAUCACAGGAGGACCCCAAAGACUCCAUCAAGCGAGAUGAGGAGGAAUGGCACGAAAAUGACCUUGAGAAGAUGGAUCAGCUUGAGUUGGCUGCUCAAUACGAACCCAACUCCGACGCAGAAAAAGCGCUUGUAUGGAAAAUCGACAAAAGAAUUAUCCCUACCAUUUGGGCGCUCUACACUCUGUCGUAUCUCGACAGAGCCAAUGUUGGCAACGCCAAAACGGGAGGUCUUGAGGCCGAUCUCAACUUGACUUCUACACAGUAUUCGAUUGUUCUUUUGGUAUUUUUUAUCUCCUAUGUCAUAUUUGAGGUUCCCUCCAACAUGAUGAUCUCUCGACUUCGUCCCUCGCUUUACCUCAGUGGGCUCUGUAUUAUAUGGGGCGGUAUUGCGGCUUGCAUGGCUGCCGCAAAGACAUAUCAAGCACUGGCUGGGAUCCGUUUUGUUCUUGGUUUCAUUGAGGCAGGAUUCGCGCCUGGUGUGGCUUUUUACUUAUCAUCAUGGUAUAAACGGUACGAGCUUGCUAGUCGAUUUUCUCUUUACUACACUGCCACAGCCGUUUCCGGCGCUUUCUCGGGUCUCCUUGCUGGUGCAAUAACGGGAAACCUGGAUGGGGCUAGGGGUUUGGCUGGUUGGCAAUGGCUUUUCAUCAUUGAGGGUUGUGCCUCUUCUUUCCUUGGGUUCUUCACUUGGUUCAUCAUGCCUGACUGGCCAUCCACCACAAAAUUUCUCUCAUCCGACGAGCGUGUGCUUGCAGUUCAACGACUGGCAUACGAUGGUCUUAGUAGUACCGCUGGUGCUCAAGGCCAUAUCAGUCAUUGGGCAGCUUUUAAGAUGGCCGCUUGCGACUGGAGGACUUGGGUCUUUGCUUUGCUUUAUAUGCUUACUCAAGGCGCCCAGACUAUUCAAUACUUUGUCCCUACUCUGAUCGGAGCUUUGGGCUGGACGGGGUAUCUUGGUCAAUACCGAACCAUCCCUCUGUAUGCUUGUGCGUUCGUCUGUAUCAUUGGCUUCUGCUGGGGCGCCGAUUAUUAUAAAGCCAAACCUCUCUUCAUCAUCAUUGGAGGGGCCUUGGGUACAAUUUUCUUCAUUAUUGUGACUUGUGUCACCAGCCACAUGGUGCAAUACGUCUUCCUUAUCUUUGCCUUCGGCUGUGUUUACGCCCUUCCCCCCCUCGUCCUUACCUGGGUGCCCAACGUUCUAUCGCAUCCAGCGGAAAAACGUGGUGUGGCUAUCGCCCUGGUGAACGCCUUGGGAUGUUCUGCUUCCAUCUAUGGCGUUUUCCUUUGGCCCAGCGAGGACGCCCCUAGAUACAUCCCUGGAUUUGCCGCUACUACGUGCUUCAUGGCGCUCAUUGUCAUCAUCACCCCUAUCAUGUGGUACCUUGUCAACAGAUAUCCUAUUCAGGGGCCCGAUGUCGACAAAGCUGUCAGGGAAGAGAUCGAGAGACAGAAAGGUAGGGGUACCGCUUAGACUGUUCAAAAUUCAUUUUUUCAAUGGCAGUGGCGGUGUGCUUUUUUCUCAAUACAAGGGUCUUGGGGGUUUGGAUUGACGCGCAGUAGUUAUAGAUCGUAGACUUUAGACUGUCAGAUAUUAGUUGGCUUCUGUCCUCGAUGCUCAUAGGAGAAGAGUG